CGAAAUUUUGAUAGCGUUCAAUUGACGAACCUGAUGCGACGGGCGCUACUCGGGUCGGGCCUGACGCGGACGUUCCGACGCUAUCAGGCCCUCGACAACGCUUGUUACGUACAUCGGCUAGCUCAUGCCGCCCUCCGCAUUCCGUGAGUCUGGACGGCUGGUCAUAAAGCGACUGCGAGUCCAUAAACACCCAUCCGCUCUUCUCACCUCUGCACACCUCUCCGACCAACUCGACUCCAUGGAUCUAUUUCCUCUGCUCCCUCAACAUCUCUACGUCUCUUUGGACCCCAUCCCAGGAAGCCUCUACUUCCCUCCGAAGGAGCUUGAGCUGGAACGGUAUCGUAACUUUCCAAUCAUCCUCGGAAGGGACGGCUGCGCCUUCUGGGCCACCCAACCGUCAACCCAAAAAAACGGGUACUUUCCCUACGCAGGGAGCGGUGAGGAGGAUUUUGGUGAUAUCGACCCAUUCCAUGCGUGGAUUGAUAUUGAGGGAGUCGUCGACCAGAACGGCGAAGCCGUAUGGGUCAGUGAUAACAUUCAGCCGGUGAUUGUGCCUACUAACAAGUUUCCGGAAUCGUAGUUGAAAGUUCGGAUUAAGAACAUGACCCCGACCGGGAGCGUCCUCGUUAUGAGAGGCGUUUCCGUCAACGAUGAACAAACAUUCAUCGAAACUGGAAACACUUCCGACGAUCGUGAAAUACCUGUCGUCACCCACUUACGCUUUGGAGAUCGUGGGUACCUGACGAGAGCAAAACUUGCUUUGUUUCAGCAUGUUGGGAGCACGGACGGCCAGUCGCCGGGGAUGAGUG